AUGAGCAGCCUCAACGCCACCACGCCCGGCCGCCCCGGGCCCGGGCCCGGUUUGGCGUGGACUAAAAUGGACAUAGCCAUCAUGGCAGGAGUGAUCACCGCCGUGGCCGUCUUCCUGGUGGGCCUGCUCCUGCUCAUCCUGCACUACGCGUACCGGCACAAGGGCACGUACCGCACGCACGAGGACAAGGGCACGGAGUUUGCCGAGAGCGCGGACGCGGCCCUGCAGGGCGACCCGUCGCUGCAGGACGCUGGGGACAGCAGCAGAAAGGAGUACUUCAUCUGA